AUGCAUGACACUAAGUUUUCUUCAAACCACUUUAGUCGUGCAAAGAUCGGAUACGUUUCAAAACAUAAACACAAGCAAUUCAUAGCAUAUUCAGGGAGUGGCUAUUCUUCUGGGGCACCUUAUGGAACGUGUUUGACAAUGUAUCCACAUCAUGGUAUAAGCGUUCACCAACCAACACCCUGUCCUAUUAAAUUGCACGUGGAUAAAGCAACAUACAGACCUAAUGAAGAGUUAACAGUGAUAGUCAAGUCAGACGAUGAUGUUAGUUUUAAAGGUAUAGAAAUGCGAGUACAUCGUGUAUCAGGCAAUACAGAGGAAAUGAUGGGAGAGUUUACAAAUUAUACCAGUGACAAACUUCAAACACAAAGUUGUUUCUUUGGUAAAAGUGUAUGUACAGUUUAA